AUGGAUCUCUCUCAGCUCCCAGACAUCAGCGACCAGCUGGUCACGCCAGCCAACCCGGCCCGCGACCCGGCAGACGGGAUGGAUGUUGCCCGCUGUGUUGCUCUACACAACUAUCUGGUUCACUAUGCCUGGGUGGCCGAGGGCCGCUCGCCAGAUACUCUGCGCCGAAAUAGCUCUACUUACUUUGCUGCCCAUGGUGCUGCUGCAGAGGCUCUACGUCCUAGACUUCACCCGUCGUUGGCGGCUUUCCUGGACGCAGCGAUAGUGCCUCUUCACGAUGACCCAAUCUCUGGGGGCUGGUUCUUCUGGGUUUCUGAAUUCAGUUACCCGCAAUAUCUCUUCGAUGAGCACUUGGCCGACCUGAAGGAUAUGCCAGCGGAUAGUGUGGUGAACCUCUAUGAAGGCGGAAUGUAUAUUGAAACCGGUGGCGGCUUGUUUUACCAUCAAGGCUCCCAUCACACCGUUUUCUUUAUGCAUAUGGAUGAGUAUGACUAUGCGUUUCCUAUUGAAGCGUAUCAGGAGCUCUGGCACCCACUUGAGACAGUGCUUUCUAACUGGAUUAACUUGAUUCUUAUUGGCAAGGUUGUGCCCUCACUUCCUGUCGAGCCUAGCUUAUUUGGCAGUGAAAAGUUCGGCUGCUGGGAGUGGCGGCCCUACAGUGACGCCCAGGUUGAUAUUUGUAUUGCUGCGUGGGACCGUCUAUGUGAGACCAUCGAGGCGCGCAUCUUACGCCGCACGGCUGGCAAUGCGGUUAAUAAUGACGAUUGUAAUAAUAAAUGCCAUAAUUCAGAGCCGCCAUUGGUACCUCCGGCUGUCCUAGACGCUGCUUCAGUGCCUGACCCUGGCUUUGCGCGUGCCUUUCUGACUCGUGCACGCCGGCCUCUAUUCCACCGCAUUGCCCCAGGACUUGUGUUGCCUGCGAUGGACAAGGAGGGAUUUGCGCUACAACAACCAUACACCAGCCUGCAUCGCUCCUCACCUUACUCAAUACCGCCCAUCUGCCUUUUCCCCGCCGACGGGGAGCGUCUGGUCUACUUAACGGGCAGGACGUGCACAUUUACUGAGGAUUUUAGUCCAUUAUAUAAUUCAAACAUUCCACCUCGAGUGAAUGCUGGUGUCUACGGUGAGUCUGUUGAGCGGAAUAACUAUGACAACGCGGAGGAAGGAUUUCGGCUAUUACUUCCCUUCGGCUUCAAGAAGCGUUAUGGGGAAAGCACCGAACCAGGCGUACGGACGAGCGACGGGUCUUUUGCAGAGAGUAUGGGGAGCCUCUUUCAGCAUGGAUUCAAACCUUUUGGCGGUGACGUCAUCCGUCCCCAGAGAUUGGAAUGUCUGUUCAAUUGUUGGCGCAAGCUCAUAGACGAUGGAAUCUGGUCUGUUGGGCCAGAAGGGGUAGAAGGCACGCUUGAUACAUUCAGGGAGGCCGAUGGAGAGCUUUGGAGGCACUAUUGUAUCCCCCUCUCAUGGUAA